AUGGUAGGAAGACUCUGUAAAUGUAAAGAAUGUAGCCAGUAUGAAGGAAUCUUCGGCCAGAUUCCAAAUCAGAAUCCGAAGAAGAGAACUCCUACUGGAAUAAAACUAGGUAAAUGGCCUUUGUGCGGACAGGUGUUCAUGCAUCCUUCAUCUUUGAACAAGCACCUGAGAUCUCACGCUGGACACAAACUAUAUGAGUAUCAAGAAGGUGAAGAGAAGCCUUAUAAAUGCAGGCGUUGUGGGAAAUCCUUCAGGCAUCGCCAAUCCAUUCGAAUGCAUGAAAGGUCGCACGCUGGACAGAGACCCUAUGAAUGCAAGCACUGUGGGAAAGCUUUCAUUUCCUUGCAUUCUCUCACCAAAUUUCGAAGACCCGUGAUCAAGCACAAUGGAGAUGGGCUUUAUAAAUGUAAGGAGUGUGGGAAAGCCUUCAGGUGUCCCAAAAACUGUCGUAGUCAUGAAAUGACACACAGUGGAGUAAAGCCGUAUGAAUGUAAGGAAUGUGGUAAAGCUUUCAGCUCUCCCAGUUCCCUUCGAAAUCAUGAAAGAACUCAUACGGGGGAGAAACCUUAUAAGUGUAAGGAAUGUGGGAAAGCUUUUAGUUGUCCCAAUUAUUUUCGAAUUCAUGAAAGAACUCACACUGGAGUAAAACCAUAUGAAUGUAAGCAGUGUGGAAGAGCUUUCAGUUGUCCCCAGUCCUUUCGGAUACACGAAAAGACGCAUAGCGCAGAAAAGCCCUAUGAAUGUGCAGAAUGUGGUAAAGUCUUCAGGUACUCCAGUAACUUACGCAAACAUGAGAGAUCUCAUACUGAUGAUAAACGCUACGAAUGUAAACUAUGUGGUAAGGCCUUCAGCAGUCACUAUUAUGUUCAAAAACAUGAACGAACUCACACUGGAGAAAAGCCCUAUGAAUGUAAGGAAUGUGGGAAAGGCUUCAUUUUUCGCUUUACGAACACAUGA